AUGAUGAAGAGAUUUUUGGAGAGAACAUACAUUGACAGCUUCAUACAAUCUUUUGUCAACCAUCUUCCCCAGUUCGCAAUUGACUUUCUGUAUUGCAUUUCAAAUAGUCAAGAUCAAUUAGCAGCAUUGCAUCUAUCUUCUACUGCCAGUACCUUUUCUCUGUCUGACUUUGUUGAAUAUUUGUUAAACCCUUGUCAUUCUGCUUUGGGUUGUGAGCCGUUGCCCCCUUCAGUGUUUCCGAUUAAACUCGACCAAAGGAUUACAAUGUGCAAGGGACAUUAUGAAUGUUUACUGGAGUUUUACAGACACGCGAAUACUCUUCUGGAUCUUAUUUCCACACCUAUUAUCUUGAGAAUAACUGAAGAUAAAGCAGUGUUUCCUGGCCAUAUACUGUAUUUAUUUCAACAUUUGAUAACCAUCAACGAAACUGUCAUCACCCAUACUUUUGCGUUUGUUGAGUGGUACUCUAGUUAUUCUUUGGGGAGUUAUCAGCCAAUGUUAAAUGAAGACAUUGAGCUCUGGAAUGAACCUUCCUCUGUACUUAAUUAUGAAUGUAUUAUUCCAGUAUAUCAUUUAUAUUCACCAAUCACAAUUGCUAAAUACAGGUUUACUAUAACUAGUGAAUUUAAACAUUUAGUAAUCCCUUUACCCCAAAAAAUAGAAGCUUAA